UUCUCGAUAAGAAGAAGGCGGAAGAGUGGUUCUAAUCUUAUCAACUGUGUCGCACGUAGUGUCCAUCUUAUGGUUGGAUUUUGAUUAUACAUAGACUUCCAGAGAUGGUUCGAACAGAAUUUGGACCGCCACGCUUAAAGCCCAGACCCUAUGGAGAUGGUCGUGGACAUAAUGAGGGAAGUUACAGCCCUGGCUCCAGAAGUCGAAGCGACGGCCAGGGCUACACCGAGAAGCCCCCUCCCAACUGGAGGGAUUCCAAAGGUAGAGGACGAGGACGGCCGCCGGUCGACAGAAGAGAAAUGGAAGAGCAAAGAGAGUCUCGUUUUAAUCGUUGGAGGCCAUCCUCCUCAUCCCACCCUCCCAAAAUGGGGCCACAUUCUAGUCAGCGGAGGUCGCCCCCACCUAGGCUGAAUCGCCCCUCGCAAGAUCAGCGUCGCCCAUCCCCUCACGGUUCUGCUCAAGGACACCAGAGUCAAAGGGGCCCACCUUUCUACGGUCAUCCCUCAGAUCAUAGAUUCUCUUCCCCAAGACAUUUUCGUGGCCACCCAGCUGACAGGAGGCCAGGCUCUGCGCCACCCUACCAGGGAUCUUUCAGGGGUCCCAGAAGACAGCCUGGGUUUCCCCACGAGCGGAGUCGAGACCCUCAUCAAAGAGGAAGGCCCUAUAUGCCGUCAAGUCGUGGCAUGAAGCGCUGGAAUGAGCCUGGAUCGUUCUCUUUGUCACACAAUGGGCAGCACCGGCCCCCUGGGCCACAGAGGAGUCCCAGGGAGAUGCCUGGGAGAGGCUCAUGUCCAGAGAGGUGGUCGUCUGAACAAGACUCCAGGCGGCAGCGUGGUCCUGCGGAGAGGCAGGGCAACCGAUCCCACAGCCGAGAGAGGGCACAAGAUGUCCCUCAUCCGCCCCCUCACAGAUUCCCCUCAUGGAAAAGAGGUCCAUCACCAUCAUCAUCUUACCACAGGAACCUUCAGGACAGACAAAUGUCAGGACCCCAUAAGAGGAGGCUAUCGGGUCCUGAACUGCAGCAUGGCAGUCUAAAAUACCCCAGGAGAGAGAGACCUCAGCUGAUGAGUCUACCCAGGCCAUUUAGCGGUCCACCCUUGUCUUAUAGGGGUAGAGGUUACCUAGUUAGAAGUCGGCAAAUCGGAGCCGAGUCUCUUAUGAGGCUGAGAAUACCCAUGAAUGCGAGACCCAGGCUUCGUCUGGGUGACAUGGCUGCACGGGGAAAUGCCAGUUCUGUUUUUACUCUCAGGAAGAGGCGUUUCCCACUAAAGGCAGUUCCUCUGAAAAGGCUGGAGCCAAGAAAGCCCAAACCACAAGACUCGCCCUCCAGAGAGGAAGACAAAGCCAGCAAAUCCUCAAGAGACUCUGGCUCAGGAAAAGAACAGGUGGAGUCUCGCCGAUCCUUGAGCAAACACAGGUCUUCUCCCAUAGAGAAACGGGAUCUUGUAGUUUUGUCUCACUGGCCACCGAAACCAAGCUCUUCCUCCAAAGAUGCUUCACCUCCUAAAGGUCACAGCCCAAAGUCAAAGACUGACCGCAGCUCAGAUGGAGAGACCACAUCAACCAGGCGACGCUCGACUGAUUCCAGAUCGCCUGAAGACAGAAAAUACUUGGAGAAGAGGGUGUUCAGACCACCCAACGUGAUGCAUGACACCAAAGCAUCGAGGCCUUUUAGGAGACCAGGACCCAUGCCUAGGCAGAGAUUUUCUGGUGGUCCAAGACACUCAGGCCCAGACCUGUCUGGACCUUUUAGAAGACCACUCAUGGAGACUUUAGUCCCACGUCCUUUCUCAAACCAGAGGUCAAUGUUCAGAAAAAGCUACAGCAUCGUGUCCAAAUACCGCAACAUGAGAGUGAUGCGUCAGCGUGUUCCCUACACCCGAGGACCCAGCCAUCAACGCUAGUGACAACGCUCGGUCCUUAAUUCUACGAACAGAGUUGGGAAAUCCUGAAGCUUUUUGUUCAUCCACACCUUCAGAACCUGUUGAGUCACUUCAAGCCCGACCCAUCUGCAGUUUGUGGAAGUGUUCUUGCUAACAUGUGGUCUUUGGUAGAAGUGUUUCCUCCAUCCUAAGAGUACUACUGUACUUAGUUUAGAACUUUUGUAACAUAUUAUACUGUCUUGGUGUUUUUUUUUCUGGUGUUUUAUGAUUUGAAAGUUGUUGCGUUAAAAGAUCUUGGAAGGCCUCAUUUUACUUGGAUAGUGCUAGUAUUUGUUUAGUAGGCAGCGGUAGAAUUCAUUUUGUGUUGUGGCGUUUAAAGCUUGUAUUGUGAUCACGUACUGAGUUUGACAUGAAAUCAACAACUUGGGAGUCAAGAAUUUUUUCUUAACUAUUUCCACAAAAGUCACAAUAAACGGAUGUUUUUGAGAACCAUGCAAUGAUUUU